UAUAUAUAAUGUACUCUGUGCCUAAUGGUUUGUGUCGUAAUGUUCAAGAAAAAUUAAUUUAAAUAGAGAGAAUUAUUGGUUUAUGUUAAAACCCAUAUACAGUACAUUAUAUGUUUAAAAAUACGAAAUGUUUAUUAGGAGCCUUAAACAAACUCUAGGGUUCUUACGACCAGAAUGUAUUCAAGUAACAUGCUCUUCAGGAAUAAAAUACUUUCCUCCACCAAAAAACUAUGACGAUAUCGAAAUACCUGAACGUCCAAGAUUGCGUAUGUUUGAAAAGGUACCAUUGUAUCCACCAAAUUUGAAACCACCAAAGAUGCAGAAAAGAUUAAGGUAUAUGAGAGGUCCUGAAACAUUGCACAACAAGCUACAAUUAAAACAGUAUGGCGUUAUUGCGCUAGGUGGAGGCAGACUUGCUCACAAGCAUUUUGAGAUGGCACGUUUGGUUGUUGCUCGGCAUUUGGAUAUGAAAAGGAUGUUUGCCAUCUGGCGUGUUGACCCACCUUGGCAGCCUGUCACGAAAAAGGGUCAAGGUCAGCGAAUGGGAGGUGGCAAGGGUGCAAUUGAUCAUUAUGUUACUCCCAUUAAAGCUGGUAGAGUAAUCCUCGAAGUAGGAGGAAAAUGUGAAUAUGCAGAAGCAUAUAAAAUGUUAAAAAUAGUGGCAGAAAGACUUCCGUUUAAAGCCAUGGCAGUAUCUCAAAAAAUAAUGGAAAAAAUGGAAGCUGAAGAAAAAUGGAAAGAAGAAAAUAAUCAAAAUCCAUAUACUAUGAAGUACAUCAUACAAAAUAACAUGGGGGGAUGUCAUAAAAUGCUGUCACCAUUCGAUCACAAAUGGCAUGGAAAAUAUUUAUAAUUGAUUUUACCAUGUAUUGAUUACCAAUAGUUUAUUAAAUAGAUAUAAUAAUCAUUGAAUAAUUAGUUAUUUGGUUGACUUUUUUUUUAGUAAAAGAAGUCAUAUCUAAGAAACACCAAAUGAAAAAAUAUUUAGUGAUAAAAUUAUGAUAUUUAAAUUGAGUAAUUAUAACAUACUAUCUAAUAAAAAGUUUCUAGAGUGGCAGCCUCGAAGUGGAGGGCGACCCCCACUAGAUGGAAUGACGACCGACGACGAUAAGACAUGCGGGAGGUCGAUGACCGUUCUUUGUGGCAUUCCUUGGGUUGAAACCUAUGUUCAGCAAUGGACUUGUGAGAGCUGUAAUGAUGAUGAUGAUGAUCUAAUAAUUUUACUGAGUACGAUGAAAACAUUGUAAUAAUAUUAAAAUAUACUAUGCAAAAAUAAUUUAUUUUACCAUAAAGUACCAUAAAUCUGCGACGAACAAAUGAUAAAAAACGAAGAACCCGAUUGCAGUGAUCUAUUGUUAACUAAAAUAGACGGCGCUCCCCCCUCCGCGCGCGAUGCCUCACAGUCCUCACUCAACGUAACGCAUUCUUUAAUCCUUUAGCUAUUGAGUGGUGCAAUUAAAAUUUGCAAGUAGAUGAUAGAUAUGUAGCUGUUAAUGAAAAAUGACACAUUCAUAUAGAUACAUAAUUUAUGGCGUACCAACAAAGAAUAGACAUAAAUGGCCGCUGAACUCGCCGAUCUCGUACCAUCUCACUCGCACCUUAUUCGCAUCUCAUUCACCCAGUACGGUGAGAAAUUGUUUUAGAAUUUAAUUAGGCGAAUGGUUGAAAUUUGAAUUCGCAGUCGUAUUUCGGUUUUCACUUAUUUAAUUAAUCUUUAUCGUAAUACACCUUACUCUAAGGGUUAUUAUAAUUAUCGGAUUUAAUGUCUUAAGGCAUUCUCUACCAGUCAACCCUGGGAGAAAUAAAUAAAUAAAAGUUGGUAGGUGCUAAAAAAAUGUUAAAAUUACAGCUUUUUACUAUAUGCAUAUGCAAGUAUACAGGGUUAUUUUACAAUUACCAGCCAAAUUUGCAGAGAAGGUUCAGAUUAAGUAAUACAGGCAAAUGGUGAAGAUAUAUUAAUUUAAAAAAUCUCAGACUGUCAUUUUUGUGGUAAUUCAUUAUUUUAACUGAUUUUACCUCGCACGCACAAAUUCGUAAACCCUUACGCUCGGUAAAAUACAUUUUUGUGCGUCUUCCCACUCCCUUAUAUCGUUACACCGUAAGUACCUAUGUCUGCUCGCCUGGCCGGCAGCCGACAGAGUUGACCGUGAGCUCAUUACGUUCGCUUCGUUACCAAUGACGUAACGAAAAUAUUCUUUAAUAUUACGUUUUUUAAAUGUAUUUAAUAUUACAUGUGAAUAUUACGUUUUAAGCAAUGAUAGUUUACGUGGUACAUACAAAGAUACUAAAAUGAGUCUUUACCGCGGUGAUAAAUUAGCGCACGUGUUGUAAUUAACCUACCAAUCAAAUCAAACUAUUCAAGUGUAGUGAGUGAUAACUUAAGUAGUGAAUCUGCAAACAUGCCGAAACUUUCACCAUUACUAUUUUAUCUGUGUAUAAAAAGUCGUAUUUACGUCAAAUAGGUCCAAAUUUAUGAAGAUCGCUACAGUAAAAUUAUUGCUGCUUUCACGGAAGUUAAGUGCUCAAGAACAAUUAAGUAGAAAAUAUUUUAACAAAACGUGCUCGUCUAUGCAUAAAGAAUAUGGCCCGUUGAUCCGUGACCGUUCGGCAAUCUUCGGAAGCCCCCGACUGCACGGAAGCAACCAGUUCGGUUUUUCUCAACUCGCCAGUCGAUAAUAUCGUCAGACACCGUCAGAAUCCAACCGAUAUUAGAUGUUGGGACUACUUGCGUAAUUUAAUUGUAAAUAGUUUAUUCCAAUUUUUUAACACGCUAUAACAAGGACAGUUGUCGGUUACGUCAUUGGUAAGCAAAAAAAUAUUAUUUAUUAUGACGAUCUUAAGCCCGUUAAAAGUGUAAAAGGGAAAUUGGAAUCAUAAUUCGCGUCAUGUAGUUAUUAUCUUAAGCAUAAGUAGUAAGCGUAUCACUGAGAAAGUAAACAGUAGGCAAAAACUUGAAAAACUAAAACGAAUUGAAUCAGAGUAGUUGUUAUCCAUAAAUCACAUUCAAUUUGGGAUAAUUUUUUCAAAUAAAAGUGGAAGUCUUAUUUACUCGUAGUUUCAAAAAAUGUAAUCUCGGUAUAUAAUAAUUUAUUUAUUUGAACUUCAAUCUACAAUUUUGCCACUCUUUGAAAAAUAACCCUUUAAACGGUAC